AAUCCCCGCCCGUUUCUGUGUCGUCUGCCCUGCCCUGCCCAGCCCUGUCAUGUUCUGUCUGUCCGUCCCUCCAGGUCCCAAUAACCGACGGUUGCCGACGAGCCUGCCACCACCACCACCACCUAGGUCCUCGCAACAGGAAGAGGAGGACGGAGUCCUCGCAAUAGGGCGCAACCCCUUGACGAGUAUUUGUUCGGAUGUGGACUGCAAAAGCUUCCCAGUUCACGUCCGCCGGAUCUUAAUCGAAUCGUCCCCCCGCCUUCUUCAAAUCGGCUCUGGUGACCGACCACGCCCGUGUCAAAGGGUGUCUGGUCAGGUGUUCCUUUUUUUGGUUCUUAUCCAAUUCUACUUGUUACUUACUUCCCCUUCAUCUUUCUUUUCCUUUUCUUCAUCCUUGUUGGUUGUUGUUGGUUACUACUACCAGUGGUACCAUCUUCUGGCUCUUUUCCAAUUCACUCCUUCAGAUUGAGAUAUAAAACCGUACCACGUCUAUCCUAUCAUACCAUAUCAUACUAUACUAUACUCCAGACGCCCGGGACCAUUUCCACACAAGUGACGAGGAGGAGAGAAAGAGCCUUUAGACAAGGAGAAGGCAAGAUUCACCACUCAAAGACGGAUCCCGAGCAAAGCAGGUGUCUUUAAAAAUGAGUUGCCCAAAGGAGCAGCAGCAGCAGCAACAGACUUGCGGGUCGUGUGACGGACACCAGCACCAUGGCGGCCCCGUGCCAGACAUGGAAGACUACCAGCUCGAACUCGAGAGCCUGCGCAAACGGACCCAAGAGCUCGAACUGAAGCUGUCCAAGGCCGGUGGGAAAAAGACGACGACGAGCAACGGCCUCGAGGACGCGCACUCGGGUCCCCAAUCCCGAAAGCUGCGGUCCGAAAAUUGGUUCAACUCCCCCGAGAACCCGGAAAUGAUGGCCUUGUACACGGACCGCUACCUCAACUACGGCCUGACGACGUCCGAACUCAACACCGGCAAGCCCAUCAUCGGCAUCGCUCAAUCCGGCAGUGACAUCGCCCCCUGUAACCGACACCAUCUCGAACUUUCCAAGCGCGUCCGGGAGGGGAUUCGCUCCGCUGGUGGUAUCGCCUUCGAGUUUCCCACGCACCCCAUCCAGGAAUCGGCGAGGCGGCCGACGGCGACGUUGGAUCGGAAUUUGCUAUAUCUCGGCCUUGUGGAGAUCUUACACGCGUAUCCUUUGGAUGGAGUGGUGCUUUUGACGGGCUGUGACAAGACCACCCCGGCAAUGCUGAUGGCUGCCGCCACGGUCAACAUUCCCGCCAUCUGCCUCAAUGUCGGCCCGAUGCUGAAUGGUCGCCUCCACGGCUCACAGGACAGGAUUGGCUCGGGGACCAUCUUGUGGAAAGCCAGGGAUUUGCAUGCCGCCGGGAAGAUUGACGAUGAUAUGAUGGUGGACAUGAUCGCAGCUGGGACGCCCUCGGCAGGCCAUUGCAAUACCAUGGGCACGGCGUCAACCAUGAAUGCUUUGGCCGAAGCACUUGGCAUGGCUCUGCCGGGCUCUUCGGCUAUCCCGGCUCCGUACCGUGAGCGUGCUCAGUGUGCGUAUAGGACCGGUAGGCAAAUUGUGGAGAUGGUGCACGCCGACCGCAAGCCAAGCGACAUCAUGACAAGGGAAGCCUUUGAGAAUGCGAUUGUCGUGAAUAGUGCUAUCGGAGGGAGCACCAAUGCGCCCAUCCAUCUGAAUGCUGUGGCGAAGCAUAUUGGUGUCCCCCUUGAUUUGAAUGACUGGGAUAAGAUUGGAUUUGACACCCCUUUGCUGGUGAAUGUGCAACCCGCAGGCGAGAUGUUGUGCGAGGAGUAUUAUAAAGCGGGCGGGCUUGAAGCAGUCAUGGCCGAGCUUUUGGAUCAAGGUAAACUCCAGCCACAAGCUCUGAGUUGCAACGGCAAGACCAUAAAGGAGAUUGUGGACGGCAAGCAUUCUUGGGACAGACGGACCAUCAAGCCCUAUAGCGAGCCCCUGAAACAGCGAGCGGGCUUCCUCCACAUGACAGGUAAUCUCUUUGAUUCCGCCAUUAUGAAGACCUCGGUGAUUUCAGACGAUUUCCGGCGCGAGUUCUUGGAAGACCCAAAGGACCCCAAUGCAUUUGAAUGUAAGGCUGUGGUGUUUGACGGGCGAGAGGAUUUCAUCAACCGCAUCGACGAUCCCAAGACCCCGGUCGAUAAGAGGACGAUUUUGGUGAUGCGUGGUGCUGGGCCCCUUGGAUAUCCUGGCGCGGCGGAGGUCGUCAACAUGCAUGCUCCAGGCCACGUCUUGAAACAAGGCGUCACCUCUUUGCCGUGUAUUGGAGAUGGAAGACAGUCUGGCACGUCAGGUUCGCCGUCGAUUCUGAAUGCCAGCCCUGAAGCCGCCGCAGGUGGUAACCUGGCGCUGCUGAGGGACGGAGAUGUCUUGAGGGUCGACUUGAACAAGCGACAAGUUCAGCUCUUGGUCUCUGACGAGGAGUUGAAGAAGCGACGGCAGGACUUGGAGGCCAAAGGGGGAUAUCAGAUUCCAGAGUCUCAGACACCGUGGCAGGAUAUCUUCCGCCGCGAAACUGGACAGCUCAAUGAGGGGAUGGUCCUGCAGAACGCACCCAAGUUUCAGCGCGUGGCACAGAAAUGGCCUGCUCCUCUACAUAACCACUGAUAUGCUGGGUACCGGCCAUAUCGUUGAAACAUUGUUGGGCCGUACAUCGGGUCGUAGCCAAUAUAUCCUCCGUCACAUCUCCGGAAUGAAGCCGUACUGGC